GCACAAGCCUUGAUUUAUGCUGGGAUGGCAGGGUCCAACUUGGAAAAUAUUCAAGAAAAAAUAAAUGAGUACUUGGAGAGAGUUCAAGCUCUCCAUUCAGCAGUUCAGUCACAGAAAACAGACCCUCUGAAGUCAAAACAACAGUUGGACUUGGAGCGUGCUCACUUCCUAGUUACACAGGCUUUUGAUGAAGAUGAUAAAGGCAAUGCAGAAGAAGCUGUAGAGUUGUACACAGAAGCAGUGGAACUCUGUUUGAAAACAGCUACUGAAACUUCAGAAGCAGGCCUCCAGUCCAAACUGAAACAGCUGGCUCGACAAGCACUGGAUAGAGCAGAGGCAUUGAAGGAAUCUGUCUCGAAGUCGUCUCAGAAGAAGUCAACUGCACCUAAGCCAAAUCAGCCAGUCAGAACAUUCUUCCCAUUGGGACCUGAUUUUUCUUUAAAUGAUAAACCACAGACAAUCAGAGCAGUACAAGCUAGUGAAUCUCAAGGUCAGAGAUACACUGCAGAGGAGAUUGAAGUACUCAGGAAGACUUCAAAAAUUAAUGGCAUUGAAUAUGUACCUUUCAUGAGUGUUGAUCUGAGGGAACGUUUUGCCUUCCCUAUGCCAUUUUCUGAUAAAUGUGGGAAGUUACCAUUAUCCCCCAAACAGAAAGCAAUGUUUGCCAAGUGGGUGCGACCAGAUGACAUAACAAAUAACCCUACGAUGAUUUAUACUGUAUCAAGUUUCAGCAUAAAGCAGACAAUAGUGUCAGAUUGUUCUUUCGUGGCAUCACUAGCUAUCAGUGCAGCAUAUGAAAGAAGAUAUAACAAAAAAUUGAUCACAAGUAUAAUUUACCCUCAGAAUAAGAAAGGAGAACCAGAAUAUAAUCCAUGUGGCAAAUACAUGGUGAAGCUUCAUAUCAAUGGUGUACCUAGAAAGGUAAUCAUAGAUGACCAGUUACCUGUUGAUCAUAGCGGGGAACUUCUCUGUUCUUAUUCUAACAAUAAGAAUGAAUUAUGGGUAUCACUAAUAGAAAAGGCUUACAUGAAGGUUAUGGGAGGAUAUGAUUUUCCUGGAUCAAAUUCUAAUAUUGAUCUCCAUGCACUGACUGGUUGGAUACCUGAAAGGAUCGCUAUGCACUCUGACAAUCAAGCUUUCAAUAAAGAUAGUACUUUCAGAAUGCUUCAUCAGAGAUUUCACAAGGGAGAUGUCCUUAUCACAACAGCAACAGGGGUGAUGUCUGAAGAGGAAGGAGAAAAAUGGGGUUUAGUUCCAACCCAUGCAUAUGCAGUCUUGGACAUAAGAGAAUAUAAGGGACUUCGAUUUCUUCAGUUGAAAAAUCCCUGGAGCCACUUACGAUGGAAGGGACGAUACAGUGAAAAUGACAGAAGAAAUUGGACCCCAGAUUUACAAAAAUACUUGAACUUUGAUCCCAAAACAGCUCAGAAAAUAGACAAUGGUAUUUUCUGGAUUGCCUGGGAGGACCUGUGCCAGUACUAUGAUGUUAUUUAUUUGAGUUGGAAUCCAAGUCUCUUUAAAGAAUCUACAUGUAUUCACAGUACUUGGGAUGCAAAGCAAGGUCCAGUGAAGGAUGCCUACAGCCUGGCCAAUAAUCCCCAGUACAAGCUAGAGGUCCAGUGUCCUCAAGGUGGUGCUGCUGUCUGGGUUCUGCUUAGCAGGCAUAUCACAGAUAAGGAUGACUUUGCACACAAUCGGGAAUUCAUUACAAUGGUUGUAUACAAGACUGAUGGCAAAAAAGUUUACUAUCCAGCUGAUCCUCCUCCAUAUAUCGAUGGUAUUCGGAUCAACAGUCCUCACUAUCUGACCAAGAUAAAGCUGACCUCUCCCGGGCCCCAUACAUUUACCUUGGUGGUGUCCCAGUAUGAGAAACAAAACACUAUCCAUUACACUGUCAGGGUGUAUUCCUUGUGCAAGUUCACGUUUUCCAAGAUUCCUACACCUUACACCAUUUCCAAACGGGUUAAUGGACAGUGGAAAGGUCACAGUGCUGGAGGAUGUGGCAAUUUCAGAGACACCUACAAAAAUAACCCCAUUUAUCAAUUCCAGCUGGACAAGAAUGGGCCUUUACUAAUUGAACUACGGGGACCAAGGCAAUACAGCGUUGGUUUUGAACUCGUCACAGUCUCAACAAUAGGAGAUCCUGGUUCCCAUGGCUUUCAGAAAAAAAGCAGUGGUGACUACAGGUGUGGAUUUUGCUACUUGGAAGUGGAGAACAUAUUUGCUGGAGUUUACAACAUUAUCCCCACCACAUUCCUGCCUCAACAAGAGGGUCCUUUUUUCCUAGAUUUUAACAGUGCUACUCCUCUUAAGGUAUCGCAGCUGCAGUGA